AUGUUCACGCUCCCCAAGACAGUUUUCAGUUUUCAUAACGAUAUCAGCACUGAUGAUACAUGUAUCAUGGACGAUACGCCUUUACCCUUCAAUGAUAUGAUCCCAGCAGGCAAUAUUUAUUCCACUUUUGCAGCGAGCACUUCAAAACUGCAGUUUCAUGCAUACCCAACAGAACCUUGUACUUCCAUUCUUGAGCCAGCGCCCAUUGGACCCAAAGGAGUUGCUGCUGUGCCUAGUUUCCCGCUCCAUGAAGUCAUACUAUCAUCGGAUAUCUCACAAGUCGAUGCCCUGAAGCAACUGUUUCUUGGUGGUGUAGAUGCUUUAACAAGAGACUACCAACCGACCUCUCCUAGUUCACCUGUUCCGCUUCUGGAAAGGAGUGGAUCUACUUGUAGCAUGAGCAGCGUUGCCUCAUCCAGAAAGACUCCUGCUAAGCAUUGCACCGGGGAGAAACUAAGAUACGGCAACAGGCAAAUGGCACAAUGGCACAAACGAUUCCAAGAGCUGGUGGUCUUCCGGGUUCAUCACGGCCACUGCGUCGUUCCGAUGCAAGGCUACGAGUCUCCUGAGCUAUCCAACUGGGUGAAGAGGCAAAGAUGUCAAUAUCGACGAAAGAUGGAAGGGAAAAGCCAUACCCUUUGCGACAGGAGGCAAAAAGCUCUCGAAGACUUGGGUUUUGUUUGGGACUUUCGUUCCACUAGUUGGAACGAGAGAUAUCAAGAACUCUGUCAAUUUUGGAACGAACAUGGGCACAGCAAAGUACCAAAGAGCUACAAGAAGGAUCCAGUGCUAGCGGUAUGGGUAAAGUGCCAGCGCCGCCAGUACAGGCAAUCUUGCAUCAGCAAGGAGCGCAUUCGGUUGCUCAAAAACCUUGAUUUUGACUUUAGCCCAAGAAAACAUUUGAACGCACACCUUUGA